CACUGGGUGUGAUCGCAGGGAGCUGGGAGCCCCGCAGCCUCGGCCUCCGGCCCAGCAGCACCUCUACCUGGGCCGGGCCCGCCCCCCGCUCACCGGCCCGCGCUGGCACCUGGCGGUCGCCGCGGACACAGCAGCAGGAGGAGGAGGCGCCGCGCGGGGCGGGCGUCGCGGGGCCGCGCUUGGCGUUCCUGAGCCGCGGCCGAACUUUUCCCCAAGAAGUCCCACGUCUGGGGGCCGGAGGAGCGGGACCGGGAGGAGAGACCGGAGUUCCUGGAAGGAUCAGCAGCAGCGGCCCCACAACAUGGCCUCCUCUGCCUCCUCCUCUCCCGCAGGCGCCGAGGACUCCGCUCCUGCGCAGGGCGACUUUGGAUCAGAUUAUUCACGAAGUUCUAUAAAGUCUGAUGCCAACGCAAGUUACUUAAGAGCAGCUCGAGCUGGACACCUUGAAAAGGCCCUCGACUACAUAAAAAAUGGAGUUGACAUCAACAUUUGCAAUCAGAAUGGGUUGAAUGCUCUCCAUCUUGCUUCCAAAGAAGGCCAUGUAGAAGUUGUUUCUGAGCUGCUACAGAGAGAAGCCAAUGUGGACGCAGCUACGAAGAAAGGAAACACAGCAUUGCACAUUGCAUCUUUGGCUGGGCAAGCAGAGGUAGUAAAAGUCUUGGUUACAAAUGGAGCCAAUGUCAACGCACAAUCUCAGAAUGGUUUCACGCCAUUGUAUAUGGCAGCCCAGGAAAAUCACCUGGAAGUUGUCAAGUUUCUUCUUGACAAUGGUGCAAGCCAGAGCCUAGCCACAGAGGAUGGCUUCACACCAUUGGCAGUGGCUUUGCAACAAGGUCAUGACCAAGUCGUUUCGCUCCUGCUAGAGAAUGACACCAAAGGAAAAGUGCGUCUCCCAGCUCUUCAUAUCGCGGCCAGAAAAGACGACACGAAAGCCGCCGCCCUGCUGCUGCAGAAUGACAGCAACGCGGAUGUGGAAUCAAAGAUGGUGGUGAAUAGAACAACAGAGAGUGGCUUCACUCCGCUCCACAUAGCUGCUCACUAUGGAAACAUCAAUGUAGCCACGUUGCUGUUAAACCGAGCGGCUGCUGUGGACUUCACCGCAAGGAAUGACAUCACUCCUUUACAUGUUGCAUCAAAAAGAGGAAAUGCAAAUAUGGUAAAACUAUUGCUUGAUCGAGGAGCUAAAAUCGAUGCCAAAACCAGGGAUGGUCUGACACCACUGCACUGUGGAGCAAGGAGUGGCCAUGAGCAGGUGGUAGAAAUGUUGCUUGAUCGAGCUGCCCCCAUUCUUUCAAAAACUAAGAAUGGAUUGUCUCCAUUGCACAUGGCCACACAAGGGGAUCAUUUAAACUGCGUCCAGCUUCUCCUCCAGCAUAAUGUUCCCGUGGAUGAUGUCACCAAUGACUACCUGACUGCCCUACACGUGGCUGCCCACUGUGGCCAUUACAAGGUCGCCAAGGUUCUCUUGGAUAAGAAAGCUAACCCCAAUGCCAAAGCCUUGAAUGGCUUUACCCCUCUUCAUAUUGCCUGCAAGAAGAAUCGAAUUAAAGUAAUGGAACUCCUUCUGAAACACGGUGCAUCCAUCCAAGCUGUAACCGAGUCGGGCCUUACCCCAAUCCAUGUUGCUGCCUUCAUGGGGCAUGUAAAUAUUGUAUCACAACUAAUGCAUCAUGGAGCCUCACCAAACACCACCAAUGUGAGAGGAGAAACAGCACUGCACAUGGCGGCUCGCUCUGGCCAAGCUGAAGUCGUGCGGUAUCUGGUACAAGACGGAGCUCAGGUAGAAGCUAAAGCUAAGGAUGACCAAACCCCACUCCACAUUUCAGCCCGACUGGGGAAAGCAGACAUAGUCCAACAGCUGUUGCAGCAAGGGGCAUCUCCAAAUGCAGCCACAACUUCUGGGUACACCCCACUUCACCUUUCCGCCCGAGAGGGCCAUGAGGAUGUUGCCGCCUUCCUUUUGGAUCAUGGAGCAUCUUUAUCUAUAACAACAAAGAAAGGAUUUACUCCUCUUCAUGUGGCAGCAAAAUAUGGAAAGCUUGAAGUCGCCAAUCUCCUGCUACAGAAAAGUGCAUCUCCGGAUGCUGCUGGGAAGAGCGGACUAACCCCACUGCAUGUAGCUGCACAUUACGAUAAUCAGAAAGUGGCCCUUCUGCUUUUGGACCAAGGAGCCUCACCUCACGCAGCCGCAAAGAAUGGUUAUACGCCACUGCACAUCGCUGCCAAAAAGAACCAGAUGGACAUAGCGACAACUCUGCUGGAAUAUGGUGCUGAUGCCAACGCAGUUACCCGGCAAGGAAUCGCUUCCGUCCAUCUCGCAGCACAGGAAGGGCACGUGGACAUGGUGUCGUUGCUCCUCGGUAGAAACGCAAAUGUGAACCUGAGCAAUAAGAGUGGCCUGACCCCACUCCACCUGGCUGCUCAAGAGGAUAGAGUGAAUGUGGCAGAAGUCCUCGUAAACCAAGGAGCUCACGUGGACGCCCAGACGAAGAUGGGAUACACCCCACUGCAUGUAGGCUGCCACUAUGGAAAUAUCAAGAUUGUUAAUUUCCUGCUCCAGCAUUCUGCAAAAGUUAAUGCCAAAACAAAGAAUGGGUAUACGCCAUUACAUCAAGCAGCGCAGCAGGGACAUACGCAUAUAAUAAACGUCUUACUUCAGAACAAUGCCUCCCCCAAUGAACUCACCGUGAACGGGAAUACUGCCCUUGGCAUUGCCCGGCGCCUUGGCUACAUCUCAGUAGUGGAUACCCUGAAGAUAGUGACCGAAGAGACCAUGACCACAACUACCGUCACAGAGAAGCACAAAAUGAAUGUUCCAGAAACGAUGAAUGAAGUUCUUGAUAUGUCUGAUGAUGAAGUUCGUAAAGCCAAUGCCCCUGAAAUGAUCAGUGAUGGCGAAUAUAUCUCAGAUGUUGAAGAAGGUAAUAGAUGCACAAGGUACAAAAUUCCCAAGGUGCAAGAGUUUACAGUGAAAAGUGAAGAUGCAAUGACGGGGGACACAGACAAGUAUCUUGGGCCACAGGACCUUAAGGAACUGGGUGAUGAUUCCCUGCCUGCAGAGGGUUACAUGGGCUUUAGUCUCGGAGCACGUUCUGCCAGUCCCAAGAUCAGCCUCCGCUCCUUCAGUUCGGAUAGGUCUUACACCUUGAACAGAAGCUCCUAUGCACGGGACAGCAUGAUGAUUGAAGAACUCCUUGUGCCAUCCAAAGAGCAGCAUCUAACAUUCACAAGGGAAUUUGAUUCAGAUUCUCUUAGACAUUACAGCUGGGCUGCCGACACCUUAGACAAUGUCAAUCUUGUUUCAAGUCCCAUUCAUUCUGGGUUUCUGGUUAGCUUUAUGGUGGAUGCGAGAGGGGGCUCCAUGAGAGGAAGCCGUCACCACGGGAUGAGAAUCAUCAUUCCUCCACGCAAGUGUACAGCCCCCACUCGAAUCACCUGCCGUUUGGUAAAGAGACAUAAACUGGCCAACCCACCCCCCAUGGUGGAAGGAGAGGGAUUAGCCAGUAGGCUGGUAGAAAUGGGUCCUGCAGGGGCACAAUUUUUAGGUAAACUGCAUCUUCCUACCAAUCCUCCCCCUGUAAAUGAGGGUGAGAGCUUGGUUAGCCGAAUCCUGCAGCUGGGGCCUCAAGGAACAAAAUUUAUUGGCCCUGUCAUAGUGGAAAUCCCUCACUUUGGGUCCAUGAGAGGAAAAGAGAGAGAACUCAUUGUUCUUCGAAGUGAAAAUGGUGAAACUUGGAAGGAGCAUCAAUUUGACAGCAAAAAUGAAGAUUUAACUGAGUUACUUAAUGGCAUGGAUGAAGAACUUGAUAGCCCAGAAGAGUUAGGGAAAAAGCGUAUCUGCAGGAUUAUCACGAAAGAUUUCCCCCAGUAUUUUGCUGUGGUUUCACGGAUUAAACAGGAAAGCAACCAGAUUGGUCCUGAAGGUGGAAUUCUGAGCAGCACCACAGUGCCCCUUGUUCAAGCAUCUUUCCCAGAGGGUGCCCUAACUAAAAGAAUUCGAGUGGGCCUCCAGGCCCAGCCAGUUCCAGAUGAAAUUGUGAAAAAGAUCCUUGGAAACAAAGCAACAUUUAGCCCAAUCGUCACUGUGGAACCAAGAAGAAGGAAAUUCCAUAAACCAAUCACAAUGACCAUUCCGGUGCCCCCGCCCUCAGGAGAAGGUGUAUCCAAUGGAUACAAAGGGGACACCACACCCAAUCUUCGUCUUCUCUGUAGCAUUACAGGGGGCACUUCACCUGCUCAGUGGGAAGACAUCACAGGAACAACUCCUUUGACGUUUAUAAAAGAUUGUGUGUCUUUUACAACCAAUGUUUCAGCCAGAUUUUGGCUUGCAGACUGCCAUCAAGUUUUAGAAACUGUGGGGUUAGCCACGCAACUAUACAGAGAAUUGAUAUGUGUUCCAUAUAUGGCCAAGUUUGUUGUUUUUGCCAAAAUGAAUGAUCCUGUAGAAUCUUCCUUGAGAUGUUUCUGCAUGACAGAUGACAAAGUGGACAAAACUUUAGAGCAGCAAGAGAAUUUUGAGGAAGUCGCAAGAAGCAAAGAUAUUGAGGUUUUGGAAGGAAAACCUAUUUAUGUUGAUUGUUACGGAAAUUUGGCCCCACUUACCAAAGGAGGACAGCAACUCGUUUUUAACUUUUAUGCUUUCAAAGAAAAUAGACUGCCAUUUUCCAUCAAGAUUAGAGACACCAGCCAAGAGCCCUGUGGUCGUUUGUCCUUUCUGAAAGAACCAAAGACAACAAAAGGACUGCCUCAAACAGCUGUUUGCAACUUAAAUAUCACUCUGCCAGCACAUAAAAAGGAGACAGAGUCAGAUCAAGAUGAUGAGAUUGAGAAAACAGAUAGACGACAGAGCUUCGCGUCCUUAGCUUUACGUAAGCGCUACAGCUACUUGACUGAGCCUGGAAUGAAAACAGUUGAACGGAGUACAGGAGCAACAAGAUCCCUCCCCACCACUUACUCAUACAAGCCAUUCUUUUCUACAAGACCAUACCAGUCCUGGACAACAGCUCCGAUUACAGUGCCCGGGCCAGCCAAGUCAGGCUUCACUUCCUUAUCAAGUUCUUCCUCUAAUACGCCAUCAGCUUCUCCGUUAAAAUCAAUAUGGUCUGUUUCGACUCCUUCUCCAAUCAAAUCCACAUUAGGCGCGUCAACUACAUCUUCAGUUAAAUCCAUUAGUGACGUGGCAUCUCCAAUUAGAUCCUUUCGGACAAUUUCUUCGCCGAUAAAAACUGUGGUGUCACAAUCUCCAUACAAUAUCCAAGUUUCCUCUGGUACCCUGGCUAGAGCUCCCGCAGUCACGGAAGCUACGCCCUUAAAAGGGCUGGCAUCCAGUUCUACGUUUUCCUCUCGAACCUCUCCAGUGACUACAGCAGGGUCUCUUUUGGAGAGGUCAUCAAUUACUAUGACACCCCCUGCCUCCCCCAAAUCAAACAUUAAUAUGUAUUCCUCAAGUUUGCCAUUUAAGUCAAUUAUUACAUCAGCAGCACCGCUAAUAUCUUCACCUUUAAAGUCAGUGGUGUCUCCAGUUAAAUCAGCAGUUGAUGCCAUUUCAUCAGCCAAAGUUACAAUGGCGUCUUCCCUCUCAUCACCUGUGAAGCAGAUGUCUGGACAUGCAGAGGUAGCAUUAGUCAAUGGAUCUAUUUCCCCCCUAAAAUAUCCAUCAUCUUCAACUUUAAUUAACGGAUGCAAAGCCACUGCCACGUUACAGGAAAAAAUUUCUACAGCUACAAACUCUGUGAGCUCUGUGGUCCAUGCAGCCACUGACACAGUUGAGAAAGUGUUUUCUACCACGACUGCAAUGCCAUUUUCCCCACUCAGGUCUUACGUUUCUGCAGCACCAUCAGCUUUUCAGUCUCUAAGAACUCCUCCUGCAGGUGCACUCUACACAUCCCUUGGGUCGUCAAUAUCUGCAACUACCUCAUCUGUAACUUCAUCAGUUCUAACAGUGCCAGUAUACUCUGUAGUCAAUGUUUUGCCAGAACCAGCAUUAAAGAAACUUCCAGACUCUAAUUCAUUUACAAAAUCAGCAGCAGCCUUGCUGUCACCCAUUAAAACAUUGACUACGGAGACACGUCCUCAGCCUCAUUUCAGUCGAACUUCAUCUCCAGUUAAGUCAUCUUUGUUCCUUGCACCCUCUGCCCUUAAGUUGUCUACACCAUCUUCUUUAUCUUCCAGUCAGGAGAUACUAAAAGACGUGGCCGAAAUGAAAGAGGACCUAAUGCGGAUGACCGCAAUACUGCAGACAGAUGUGCCUGAGGAGAAGCCAUUCCAACCGGAACUCCCAAAAGAAGGGAGGAUUGAUGACGAAGAACCUUUCAAAAUUGUUGAGAAAGUAAAGGAAGACUUAGUGAAAGUUAGUGAAAUCCUUAAAAAGGACGUGUGUGUAGAUAGUAAAGGAUCACCCAAAUCACCAAAGAGUGACAAAGGAAACUCUCCCGAAGAUGACUGGACAGAAUUUAGUUCUGAAGAAAUCCGAGAAGCGAGACAGCAAGCUGCCGCCAGCCAUUCUCCAACUCUGCCUGAGAGAGUGCAAGUAAAAGCAAAGGCCGCCUCCGAAAAGGAUUAUAACUUGACCAAAGUUAUUGAUUACCUAACAAAUGAUAUUGGGAGUAGUUCACUGACAAACUUAAAAUACAAGUUUGAGGAUGCAAAGAAGGAUGGUGAGGAGAGACAGAAAAGAGUCUUAAAACCAGCAAUUGCUUUGCAGGAACACAAACUCAAAAUGCCUCCAGCCUCCAUGAGGCCUUCCACCUCUGAGAAAGAAUUGUGUAAAAUGGCUGAUUCCUUUUUUGGAACAGAUACUAUUUUAGAGUCUCCCGAUGACUUUUCUCAACAUGACCAAGAUAAAAGUCCCUUGUCUGACAGUGGCUUUGAAACAAGAAGUGAAAAGACACCCUCAGCCCCGCAAAGCGCUGAAAGCACGGGUCCUAAACCACUUUUUCACGAGGUUCCCAUCCCUCCUGUCAUUACGGAAACAAGAACUGAAGUGGUUCACGUCAUCCGGAGCUAUGAGCCCUCAGGUGGGGAUGUUCCCCAGACCCAACCAGAGGAGCCUGUGUCACCUAAACCUUCACCUACAUUUAUGGAAUUGGAACCAAAGCCCACCACCUCUAGCAUUAAAGAAAAAGUUAAAGCAUUUCAAAUGAAAGCCAGUAGCGAAGACGAUGACCACAAUCGGGUUUUAAGCAAAGGCAUGCGUGUUAAAGAAGAGACUCACAUAACCACAACCACCAGAAUGGUUUAUCACUCUCCACCAGGCGGUGAAGGUACAUCUGAAAGAAUUGAAGAAACCAUGUCAGUCCAUGACAUCAUGAAGGCCUUUCAGUCCGGGCGGGAUCCUUCCAAAGAGCUGGCAGGUCUGUUUGAACAUAAGUCGGCAGUGUCUCCAGAUGUUCACAAGUCUGCUGCUGAAACCUCAGCCCAGCAUGCAGAGAAGGACAACCAAAUGAAACCCAAACUGGAGCGUAUAAUAGAAGUCCACAUCGAAAAAGGUCCACAGAGUCCAUGUGAACGGACAGAUAUCAGGAUGGCAAUAGUAGCCGACCACCUGGGACUUAGUUGGACAGAACUGGCAAGGGAACUGAAUUUUUCAGUGGAUGAAAUAAAUCAAAUACGUGUGGAAAACCCCAAUUCUUUAAUUUCUCAAAGCUUCAUGUUAUUAAAAAAAUGGGUUACCAGAGACGGAAAAAAUGCCACAACUGAUGCCUUAACUGCGGUCUUGACAAAAAUUAAUCGAAUAGAUAUAGUGACACUGCUAGAAGGACCAAUAUUUGAUUAUGGAAAUAUUUCAGGCACCAGAAGUUUUGCAGAUGAGAACAAUGUUUUCCAUGACCCUGUUGAUGGUUAUCCUUCCCUUCAAGUGGAACUGGAAACCCCCACAGGGUUGCACUACACACCACCUACCCCUUUGCAGCAAGAUGAUUAUUUUAGUGAUACCUCUAGCAUAGAAUCUCCCUUUAGAACCCCCAGUAGACUGAGUGAUGGGCUAGUGCCUUCCCAGGGGAACAUAGAGCGUUCCACAGAUGGACCUCCAGUUGUAACUGCAGAAGACACUUCCUUAGAAGACAGCAAACUGGAAGACUCAGUGCCUUUAACAGAAAUGCCUGAAGCAGUGGAUGUAGAUGAGAGCCAGUUGGAGGAUGUAUGUCUGAGUGAGUAUCCUCAAUACCUCGGAAAUUUGGCUGGGGCCCCAAAAGAUGUUAAACCAGCACAGCCUAGAAAACUAGGAGUAAGCUCUGCGCAGCAGGAGAAAGGAAAAUCUGGUCCUGAUGAGGAGAUGACGGAAGAGAAACUCAAAUCUCUAUUUGAGGACAUCCAUCUUGAAGAAGGAGUAGAGUCUGAGGAGAUGACAGAAGAAAAAGUACAGGCUAUUCUUAAGCGUGUUCAGCAAGCAGAACUGGAAAUGUCUUCAAUUACAGGUUGGCAGAAUGAGACAUCAAGUGGAAACCUAGAAUCGCCCGCUCAAGCUCGAAGAGUAACUGGUGGGUUACUAGAUCGACUGGAUGACAGCCCUGACCAGUGUAGAGAUUCCAUUACCUCAUAUCUCAAAGGAGAAGCUGGAAAAUUUGAAGCAAAUGGAAGCCAUACAGAAAUCACUCCAGAAGCAAAGACAAAACCUUACUUUCCAGAAUCCCAAAAUGAUAUAGGAAAACAGAAUACUAAGGAAACUCUGAAACCAAAAAUACAUGGAUCUGGUCAUGUUGAAGAACCAGCAUCACCACUAGCAGCAUAUCAGAAAUCUCUAGACGAAACCAGCAAGUUUGUAAUAGAAGAGACUAAACCCUGUGUGCCUGUCAGUAUGAAAAAGAUGAGUAGGACUUCUCCCCCAGAUGGCAAGCCAAGGCUUAACCUCCAUGAAGAAGAGGGGUCCAGUGGGUCUGAGCAAAAGGUCAAAAGUCCGGGUGCGGCUCUUACACGGAUGACUGCCUGCUGUUAUAAGGACUUGAAAGACAGUGAGAGUGAUUCAAGCUCAGAGGAAGAACGGAGAGUCACUACCCGAGUUAUUCGCCGGCGUUUGAUUAUAAAGGGAGAGGAAGCAAAAAACAUUCCUGGUGAAUCUGUCACAGAAGAACAAUUUACCGAUGAAGAAGGCAACCUCAUCACCAGAAAAAUCACUCGGAAAGUAUUAAGACGAAUUGUUAUCCCACAAGAGAGAAAACAUGAUGUGCAGGGAGAAGUUUUUAAGGUGAAAGCGAAGAAAGAAAUCCGGCAUGUGGAAAAGAAGAGCCACUCGUAACAGCGAACGGAUCAUAAGUUUUUACUGCCAGUAUUGAGAAAUUCACGGAAGAAAUGUCAGCAGGAAGUAAAAAUUCACCGAGAAGCGUGUGUAUGUUCGCUGCUUCCACACAUUAAUGGCAUGAUUUUUUUUAUGCAAAAAGAAAAGGAAAAAAGAAAACCACCCACAUUUUAAUUUAGCAUGAGCCAAUUUACAGAGCAUGGAAAUCACUUUCAUUUCCGGAUUGGCGCGUGUGCAAUUAGCAAUGCAGUGUAUAUACAAGAAGCCAUGCUGUUAACAGUUUAUCUCAAGUGAUUUUGGUGUCAUUUACAAAAGGAAGAAAUUCCUGCCAUCAGAAGGAACAGAGGAGAUGGAAUGAUCAAAUCACAGAGAAACACUAAAAUUACUAAAUCUACAACAGCUCGCCUUAUUUUUCCUGGACCCAAACUGUCAGGGUAUAAACACUAUUUGUUUCUUUUUUAAAACAUCGAUAGUUUUGCUGUAAAUAGUAACACUGUAUAAAUUCUAACAGAAAAAUAGAAUAAAAUGUUGAUAAGGCACUGCCUCUUAGAACACAAACAGAAUAUUGCAAAUGCAUUUAACAAAUAGGGGUCUCAAGUGACUUCACCCUAGAAGAGGAGGGAGGGGUUCUGGGGGUGGGGGGAAUCUUCACUGAUUCUUGUAUAUUAGCAAUUAUAAUGUUUGUAUAUGCAAAACUGCUAGCUUGAUUUUAAAAAAACAAAUCUUUAAAAUCUGCUGCAAAUUUAAAUAAUUCCCAAAAUGAGGAAUUCUGUAGUUCUGUGAAAAAAUUUUUUCUUCAGAAUACUAAUAUUUUGAUGCAUGUGUAUCACCUUAUUUUGAUUAAAUCUUUUCCAAUUUUGCAAACACUACAGUAUACUGCAACACAAAAGAUUUUAUCUGUAAACACAAAGCCCUUCAUCUAAUAUUUGUUGCUAUUGCCAAUUUUUCAAUGAAAUGACCUGAAAACAAACAAAAAAAAAUAACCUAUAUGGUAGUUGCUUUAGGGGGUGGGGGGGUGCUAUCUGUUAGUGCUUAAAAGGGGGUAAAUGCUUGCCGCUUUAGAGGUGGAUGGUGCUCAUAAGAGGCCCCAGUCGGGGGUAUUUGAAAUGGACUGAACAGAAAUCCUUAGCUAGUAGAAUGGCAGCACGCUGUAAAAUUAUUACUGUAUUGUGUACUGGCUAUAAGAUGUAGACACAUUUCAGUAAGCCAAUCAUUUGUAACCAUUCUAGCAGUGUCAUAUUAGGUUAAUAAGGCUGCUGUGUUUUAAAGGGCAUUUUUAUUUGGGUUUUGGUGAAAUUCUUUAAUUUGUUGAUUAUAUUCACAUAAAAUCAGCAUUCAUCGACACAUAACUCUAAUGACAUAUGUAUGAAAAACCAUACACUGGAUGACCUAGUCGAUUAUUUAAGCAUAAAAUAAAUUGUGUUAAACUCUUCACCUA